UGCUGUGGUUUCCAUUGACCGGGCUCUGGUUGUGUUUCUGUUCAGCCCCGGUCUCGGUCAGCGGCGCCUGGGGAUCUAUCUACCUGUUCAGCACCAUCUUCGCUCUGCAUCCCUGGGUUGGAGCCUCUAAUGGACUCGCCGGCCGUCGCCCGCAUCUUUCAGCAGCUGUUCACGAGACCCUCGCGGAAUUGCCUUCGACUGCAAUGCACUCGCACACGAACAUCCCUUCCACGUCCAAGCCCCUCGUUUCAACAGCAUCGAACAUAUGUCCUUCGCCGCAAGCAAGAUGAUGCGGGAGGAGGCAGCGCGUGGCAGCAGAGAAUUGAUGCCUUUCCCAAGGACAUGUCAAGGCAGCUCAAGGAAUACCCCAGAGUCACGGCACAGGAUCUGCGGCAUAGGACUCAGCGGCCGCGGCGAGUCAAGAUGCUGACGAGAGAAUUCAUCGAUGACAGCCUGUACAACCCCAACUACGGCUACUUUACCAAGCAUGCGACAAUCUUCAAUGCGGGAAAACCCUUUGAUUUUGCCUCCAUCAAGGACGGCGCGGAGUUCAAUCGCCUGGUGGACCUCAGCUAUAUUGAGUUUGAAAAUGCCCUGGAUGAGAUCGAGCCGGACGAGACGCGACAACUUUGGCACACGCCCACCGAACUAUUCCGGCCGUAUUAUGGCGAAGCGAUUGCAAGGUAUUUGGUCACAAACUACAAAAUGACCUUGUUCCCAUACCAUGAUUUGAUCAUAUACGAGAUGGGCGCGGGCAACGGGACCCUGAUGCGAAAUAUAUUGGACUACAUCUACGAAUACGAGCCGGAAGUCUACAGUCGGACGCAGUUCAAGAUUAUUGAGAUAUCCUCCGCGCUGGCCGAGUUACAGUUGACCAGUCUGCGAAGGUCGCCCUACGCAGCGGAACACCUGGACCACGUCCAGAUCCUCCAUCGAUCGGUCUUCGACUGGAAGGAGUACAUCCACUCACCUUGCUUCUUCCUCGCCCUCGAAGUCAUCGACAACUUUGCCCACGACUGCGUGCGCUACGAUCCCGAGACGGAACAGCCGUUACAGGGUAGCGUCCUCAUUGACGAAGACGGAGAAUUCUUUGAGUUCUACGACCGCCACCUCGACGCUCUGGCUCUGCGAUAUCUCCGGGUGAGGGAAAUCGCUGCCCGCUCUCCCUUCAUCACCCCAGUCACCCAAUAUCCCCGACUCCUGCGCCAACUCCGGCAUGCCCUCCCCUUAUCGCCAAACCUGACCAAGCCGGAGUACAUCCCGACUCGGCUCCUCGAGUUCUUUGACAUCCUCAACCAAUACUUCCCUGCCCACCGACUCGUGCUGUCCGACUUCAACUACCUCCCGGACGCCGUUCCGGGCCUCAACGCCCCCGUCGUGCAGACGCGCUAUCAGCGGCGCAACGUGCAGGUGUCCACCCCCUUUGUGCACCAAGGGUAUUUUGACAUCUUCUUCCCGACGGACUUCACCAUGAUGGAGGAUAUCUACAGGGCGAUAACGGGGAAGUUGACGAGAGUGUCGAGCCACAGGCAGUUUUUGGAGAGCUGGGCGAUGGUGGAAGAGACGGAGGUCCGGAAUGGAGAGAACCCCAUGUUGGCGUGGUAUUCCAAUGCUAGCGUCAUGACUACUGUAUAGCAAGUCGCACGAAACAUAUCAAGAGUAGUAGCAAGUCAGGAGGUACGGAUGUGCAAAUGGCCUGCAAGGCCUUUUGGAUGCCAAAAAGUCUAGAUAUGAUCUAGUUCAAGGAAUGCCGUCUGAAGGCCAAUUUUCC